AGCGCCACCUAGCGGCCAAUCUCAAAGAUUGCGCAUGCGCAGUGCAAUCAAACGGUGUGUAAUGGCUGCCUGAUGGAGUAAGUGAAUUUAGAUGCUCCGUCUCUUUUGCUUUCAAUUUGACCAUAACACCGAGAAGUCUGAGUUAAAAAUGGUUUAUAUUCACCCAGUGACGCAGCCUAAAACGAAAUCCAACAGCGUGAAGUGAUUAACCACCAUUUGAGGUUGAGGCCUUUUUUUGGUGCCCUGCUGGUCAUGGCGAUGAAGGCUCGUGUGGAGGCGGUGCUGAACGUGGGUCUCCGGAUCCCCAGCAUCAUGCUGCUGGAAGUGCUGUACCGCUGGGACGUCAGCUCCUUCUUCCAGAAGAUCCAGAGGAGCAGUCUCAACAAUAAUCCUCUCUUCCAGUACAAAUAUAUUGCCCUGUACCUGCAUUAUGUCGGCUACAUCCUCAGUCUGGUGUUGUUGACUUUACCCCGGCAGCAUCUGGUGCAGCUCUACCUCUAUGUGCUCACAGCUCUUCUGCUCUUCGCUGGGCACCAGCUCUCCAGGGAUUACGUACGUGGAGAGCUGGACUCGGGUUACGAGGGACCCCUCUACCUGGAGCCACUUUCCAUGAACCGCUUUACCACAGCACUCAUCGGUCAGGUCGUGGUGUGUACACUGUGUUCCUGCGUCAUGCAAACCAAACAGAUCUGGCUGUUUUCUGCACACCUGCUCCCCCUAGUGGCUAGACUGUGCCUCGUGCCCCUGGAGACCAUCGUCUUCAUCAACCGCUUUGCUAUGAUCUUCACGGGUCUGGAGGUGCUCUACUUCAUCGCCUCCAACCUACUGGUGCCAUACAAUCUGGCCAAAACUGCCUACAGAGAGCUGGUGCAGGUGGUGGAGGUGUAUGGCUUGCUGGCUCUGGGUAUGUCUCUGUGGAAUCAGCUGGUUCUGCCUGUUCUCUUCAUGUGCUUCUGGCUGGUGCUGUUUGCACUGCAGAUCUACACUUACUUCAGCACACGGGACCAGCCGCCCUCCCGAGAGAGGCUGCUCUUCCUGUUCCUCACCAGUAUCGCUGAGUGCUGUAGUACUCCUUACUCUCUGCUGGGGCUGGUCUUCACUGUGUCUUUUGUGGCGCUGGGCGUCCUCACCCUCUGCAAGUUCUACCUACAGGGUUACAGAGCUUUCAUGAAUGACAACACCAUGCACAGGGGCAUGACGGAGGGUAUCACUCUGCUGAUCUUGGCUGUUCAGACCGGGCUCAUUGAGCUGCAGGUCAUUCACAGAGCUUUCCUCCUCAGCAUCAUCCUCUUCGUCGUGGUGGCUUCCAUCCUGCAGUCCAUGCUGGAGAUCGCUGACCCCAUAGUUCUAGCACUGGGGGCCUCCAGAGACAAGAGUCUGUGGAAACACUUCCGAGCAGUGAGUCUGUGUCUUUUCCUGCUGAUCUUCCCUGCUUACAUGGCUUACAUGAUCUGCCAGUUCUUCCGCAUGGACUUCUGGCUGCUCAUUAUCAUCUCCUCCAGCAUCCUCACGUCACUGCAGGUUCUUGGCACCCUUCUGAUCUACAUCCUCUUCAUGGUAGAGGAGUUUCGUAAGGCUCCUGUUGAGAACAUGGAUGAAGUCAUCUACUGUGUCAAUGGGACCUACCGGCUCCUGGAGUUCCUGGUGGCUGUCUGCGUGGUGGCCUACGGUGUUUCAGAGACCCUGUUUGGAGAAUGGACUGUAAUGGGCUCCACCAUCAUCCUGGUUCAUUCCUACUAUAAUGUGUGGCUAAGGGCCCAGCUGGGCUGGCAAAGCUUCCUGUUGCGCAGAGAUGCAGUUCACAAGAUCCAAAGCAUGCCCACUGCUUCCACAUUACAACUCCAGCAACAUAAUGACAUCUGUUCUAUCUGCUUUCAGGAUAUGAAGUCUGCUGUCAUCACGCCAUGCAGCCACUUUUUCCAUGCUGCCUGCUUAAAGAAGUGGCUGUACGUGCAAGAAACGUGCCCUCUGUGCCACGGGCAGCUCAAGAGCCAAUUACAGCCAACUAGCUCUCCAGGUGCCACCACUCAAGGCACGCCACAAGCCAAUCAGAACCCAGCAGAGGUGGAACAGGAGCAGGGUGAACCACAGGCUGAGUUGCACACUGAGGAAGACACCCAGGCAAAAAACCCUUCUCCCAUAAAAACUUCAGCCAAGACAGAGCUUGGAACGGACUUGCUAUCAGAGAAAUCAAAAAUCCAGCCUAAAGAAUGUGAUGUAGUGGCAGAGGGCAGCGCUGAGCCAGCUGGUGAUUUGGAUGAUGGUUCGUGCAGCACGUCACAUGUCCAUUCCUCUUCAUGAGCAAAUGCCAAGCCAGCCUUCAACUCUUAUCAGCCUGUUAGGUGUCGCCAAAAUAGUUAAAGUGAUGGUUUACCUUUGUAAAAAUAAAAGUUCUGUCAUCAUGUACUCAAUCUUGACGUUCCAAACCUUUUUUGUGGAACACAAAAGGAGAUAUUUAGAAGUUUGUUCCAGCUGCUCUUUUCCAUAUAAUGUAAAGGGGACAGAGUCUGUUAAAUGAGAGCUUGUUUCCACCAUAGAAUAAAAAAUAGUUGCAAGUAUUUAUCUGAAAAUUCUCACAAUUGACACUUUUUCUCAGAAUUGUGAGUUUAAAUCUAGCAAUUGUACGUUAACAUCUUUUUUUUUUUUUUGUUCUCUGAAUUCUGAGUUCACAUCUUGCACUUUUUUUUUUUUUUUUUUCCUUCUUUGCUGUUUAUAUCUCAUAGUUGACUUUUUCUACUCAGAAUUGCAAGAUUAUCUCACAAGAAUAGAAGUCGACUAGGAAAAGAAGUCAGAAUUUUGAGAUGAAAAAGUUGAGUAAGUUUUUUUUUUUUUCCUUCCAUACUGUGAAGUUGGUGACAGUAAAAAUGACAAAAAAUAUCUCCAUACAAGUAGUUUAUACAAUUCAAAGUCUUCUAAAGCUGGGAUUACUUUGUGUAGGGAACAGACCAAUUUCAAGUUGUUACUAAAAACAUUAAAAUGUAUUUUGCAUGCUAAACUUCUCCUUUUGUGUUCCACAAAAGAACAUUGUACGAAUUUGAAAUGGCAUGAGUAAAGGAUGACACAAUUUAGACUUUUGGAAUGAACUGUCCCUUUAAGCUGGUCACAUGUCUCUCAGCUCACGGAUGCAUUUCAUAUGAUCUGUUCACAUUAUUGCUGGUCAAAAGACAUUUCAGAAUACUGCCCUACAGAGACAAAACAACUAAACAUAUAGUUUGUGUUAAAAUGGAGUUACUAAAAUAGGCUCUUACUAUGAUAUCUACUGUGACAGAUGGCUUUGGCACAACUAAGCUCAGAUUCAGAAAAGGUUGAGUGUAACAAUUCAAUCAAGAAACAUUUUUCUGUUUAAAGGCUGGUGUAGGUACAGUGUUUUGCCUUUGUAGGGCAGAAUAGUUUCAGUUUGUUUCCAUUUGAAUGAAAAUUUACGUCAUCUCUAUGGAGGUAAUGGAUGAUUCAUAAUUCUUACACUAUACUAUUUUGUAGAAGUGUGUGUAUAAAUGUUUUGGAAUUGCAUCCCAAAUGAGCCACUGUAGAAUCCAGACCCCUGCAAAGUCAAAUUGAGGAAUGUUAUUUAAAGUGCCAUCGAGCCAGUUCAUUUAUAUUUUAUCACAGCGAGCCUCUCGAUAUUUACCCCAGUUUUAAAGGGAUGCUUCGAAGCUGUUUGGCUUUUUUCAUAUAUAUUUUUGUCACUCUUUACCAUGGGUCAGAAAUAAUGUUAAACCAUCACUGCGGAAAAUGUUAAGUUGUCACUUUGGCAGUUGACUUGAUUCCUAGAAGCGAGCAUUUUUAAAAGCAUAUUGCAGACUAUAUAGACUAAACCUGUUUUCUGGUUUUAAUGAACAUAUAGUGAGUAGACAAUCAAAUCAAUACAUUUCAUCUUUCUUUCUUUUUUUUCUUCUUUUUUAUUAUUCAGCAGAUGUUCCAUUAAGUUUGCCCACAGUAAAACUGGCAUGUUUCUUUCAGUGAGUGAUGUUUAGGGUUGAAUCUCAAAAUCAAGUCGUAUUUCAGUUGUUGUUGUUUUUUGUUGUUGUUGUUUUAUAAAUUCUUGAAAAGUUUGAGAUUCACCUUAAUAUUGGCUGUUGGCUAAGCAGUUUAUAUCAAGUCAUCUUUUAUUUCUUCUUUUAUUUCAAAAAAAUACACUUCGUUUAGUCAUUACAGACUUGUUUUUGCCAUUAUUUGUUCAGGAACACACUCAAAUUUUUUUGCCAUGGAUGUCAUGCCAUAUUGUAUGUUUGCACUAAUGUCAUUUAUAGCGAAUAAUAUUUUGUCUUGUUGGGCAACAAAUGCUUACAGAGCAGAUGAAGUAUAGCUCAUUAUAAAUGUGUACAUAUAUGGGCAAAUAUAUUCCUUUGUAUAUUCUCUUAUCAUGUUUUUGAUAUGCCGCACAGUGUUAAAGCAGCAGUGAACAUAAUGAAGUGUCUUGAGGAUCGUGUGAACACUCUCUAAAGUGGGAUUGAUCCUGAAGAUGCAGAAAUGUUUUUUUUUUGCUGUUUUUUAAGAGAUGCAUUUCAGAAUGGCAAAAUUGUGUGCAUGAAUACAUCUGAUGUAUGAGCAAACACAAAUGACAUUCAAAACUUUCAAGUAGAUUUUUUCUUGAAAGAAAAUAAAGUGGAAAUUUAGAUUGAAA